AUGGACGCCCAGAAACAGCUUCAAACACUCUCGGAGGAGUUCCAGGGACUGCAGACUGAGCUUGAGGUUUUGGUCGAUGCCCGCCAGAAACUCGAAUCGCAGCAGCAAGAGAACGAAGGCGUGCAGACCGAGUUCGCCCAGCUGGACGAUGAAGCCAACAUUUACAAGCUCGUUGGCCCGGUGUUGCUGAAGCAGGAUAAGACUGAAGCCACCAUGGCCGUCAACGGUCGGUUGGAGUUCAUUGAGAAGGAGAUGUCAGUGCUACUACCUUGGCCGCUGUGA